UAGCAGAGAGAAAAGUAAAAUAUUCAUUUGCGAUGGAGGCGGCAAUAAGCUGGUGUUGGGUGUUGGGCCUGCUCGUUUCCUGCGUCUCGGCGCAAAUCGAGUGGAGCUACACGCAAGAAGAGGAGCCGCGUCGGUGUCUGACCAGGUGCGACAACCACGGUGAGCAGUUCAAGUGGUGCUGGACCAGCUGGACGCAUUGGGCCGCCUGCACCCCCGGCGACACGGACAUCAAGCAAACGCUGCCGCUCGCCUCCGACGGCAUCCUCUGCGUCUCCGAGUGCGGCAACUUUGGCGGCUACAAAUACGACUGGUGCUUCACGUCUGUCAACCCCAAAAAAUGGGCGUACUGCGAUGCUGGACUAAAGGUGACGCAUCUAUCCCUGACGGUGGACGGAAGGUUGUGCCGGACGCCGUGCGACCCUUCGAUCGACAACCCCACUUGUUACUACUCGUACCGCGGGCUGGCCCCGUGCGAACCGGGCGACUUCCCGAUGCAACUGCCGCUGUCUCGUAGCGGCAAGAAGUGCCAUUCCCUGUGCGGAAAAUUCGGCUACUCAUACAACUGGUGCGACACGAUGGGCGCCCUCUGCGUCAACUGGGACUUCUGCGACGAGAAUUCAGUAGACAAACUCAACAGCGUUUUACUGCCCAAGAAAUUAAAUCCCGUUAAUGAAUAUAGUGACGCACCCGUUGCGGACAAAAUCAAAUCAGUGAUUUUGGCGACGGACUCGCCGCGGCGGACCAGCCCGUUGGCCAACCCGAACGAGCAGAUGCAGCGGCUGAAGCUGAUGAGGGCCAUGGUGCGGCAGCAGGCGCCGGGCAUGCGUGGCACCGUCAGCUACAACCACUCGGCCAGCAAGGUGCUGUCCACCACCGUGGACAACGUCGACCUCGUGCACUACGUCGAGGCGCGCAUCCACCCGAGACACGUGGCUGCCGAACGUGGAAUUGACGAAUUCAACGGGAACGUGUCCAGAAGCAGGAUGGUCGAGCUGGACGCUAGGAAGUCUGACCAGGCUGGACCACUCCUCGCUUUCAGCCUUGGUGGAAGUAACGACCUGUGGAACAUGGUGCCGCAGUCAAAGGAGUUCAUCGAAUCCGGCAGCCUGAGCAACAUCGAGGCCAAGGUGAUGGAAAAGGUGCGCAUUCUCACUGAUCCUCGGCACUACGUCAACUGGGAAAUGUUCGUGCGCUACGCCAACCUGCACAAAGGGGUGAAAAGGCCGACCAGCUACGUUAUCUGGUUCUUCACUUGCGACGAAGAAGGAAAAAUUCUCAAUGAACAGCUCUCUGUCGCUGAAUUGGUCGACUAUUGACAAAAUUAAAUUCAUUUCAUGCUCAAAA